GCGCUCUCACUGUGCUUUUUUCUGUAAUUGUCAGAAUGUAAAACUGUUGUGAUCCGGAAUGUUAACAAAUCUGAAGCAUAAACUCCGAAUAAAGUCCCAAUCUGGCCGGAUUAAGAGUGGACAGGGGAUGGAAUAGCUGUGACCGUAGGGACAGUAGUGAUGGCCGAGGAUCUCGUGGGCUACAUUCUGGUCUUUCUGACCCUGUUACGUAAAGGUGCUUUGACUCUGGAGCCCAGUUUUGAUGUUCCGGUGAUAAACAUAACUGUAGUGGUGGGGAAAACCGCCAUUUUGCCUUGCUCGGUUGAGUUUCUGGGAGAUCAUAAGGUUGUUUGGACGGACGAGUUCUCCACCUUGCUGACCUUUGACAACAAGCGUAUCAUUGAUGACGAUCGGAUUGGGAUAGACAGACCCUACACCAGAGACUGGAACCUAAUUAUUCAUGACGUAAAAGUCAAAGAUAGAGGGCGCUACAUUUGUCAAAUCAACACUCAACCAAUCAAAACAAAGCCCGUGGAUCUAAAUGUUCUAGUUCCGCCACAGAUACUGAACGAUGAUGGUGGUGGGAGAGAGAUCAUUGCCAAGGAGGGAGAGACCGUCAAUGUUGUCUGCAACGUCUCGGGAGAUCCCGCACCGAGCGUGAAGUGGUACAGACGCCCUCUAACGGAUAUAGAAGGAAAAGAAAGAGAGAGCUUAGUCAUCUCCCAGCUAGACACACCCGACGGCAGGUCGCGAGAGCCAUGCAUUUACACGUUCCCAGGCGAGUCAGGGAUCGGGAUGGAAGGGGAAAUCCUUGUAAUUCAUAACGUGAGUCGUUUUUGUGACGGUGUGUACCAGUGUGUGGCUUCUAACGACGUCCCCCCAGCCGUGGAAAUGGAAACUAAAGUGAUAGUAGAAUUUCAGCCGGAAGUGACUAUGGUGAACACACGUCAAUCUCAAGCAAAGGGUAAGAUGACAAUCCUGAUGUGUUACGUCACGGCGUUCCCCCAGGCCCUCUCCUUCUGGAGGUACCAUGGACAGGAAGUGCCGACAUCAGAGAGAAUCAAGGUGGAAAUUUACCCGGAAAGUAAACCCCACACCAUUUCUCUCAGACUCCGGAUGCUCAAUAUAUCGGAGUCGGACUUCGGAGAGUAUGAAUGCGUGGCCUCCAACAAGUUAGGGCGGGACCGGGAAGCCAUGAUUCUGUUCGAAUAUCGGCCUCCCGAACCGACCAGUACAACCACAACCUCUGUUGUUAUCCCGACGACCAGUACAAGCCGAUCAUUGGUGGCUCUUGUGACGUAUAGACCACGUGUCACGGAGAAAGUACAGCCGUUCAAACCCGGAGAAACAAGUUUUGUCAGUAGCCAGAACGGAGGGCAUAUUCUACAUAAAAAUUUAGCCGUUAUUGUGGUGACAUUAUUUUUAAGUUCGCUUUCGAUAUCUUAGCACGGAUUCUAAUCACGUGACCCAGUGUAAAUGGCGCCCAGAGGAAAGAAAGGCGAAUGGAUUUCAUCCAAUCAUACUUUAUACUUUGUGUUACUUACAUUCCACGUGAUUUGGGGUCCGUUACUAAUUUUGGUGACGUCACUGUGUGUUCUAAUAGUCUUGUUGUGUUAUAACAUCACUGAUUGUUAUCUGUUAUUAGAUUUGAUUAUUUUUAUGCUCUUUAUCCAUCAUUUCAUCAAGUGCUAACAUUUUCAUUGAACUUGAUUUUUGAGUUCGUAUUUAUACAUGAAAUGAAUAGACCGAUUCACAGUAUCAGUCCCUACUCUUUUGAAUCCAUAUUCAGUGUUAUGUCUGACCAAUGUGUGCGCAUGCGUAUGUGCAUGUGAGUAUGACCAAUGAUAGGGGUAUUGUUUAAGCCUCCUUCCCCCUCCUCAUGACCUUAUUUCGUAUGUGCUCAUUUUUUGUACAAUGACGACAUUUAUCAGAUAGUGAUAUCUAAUAAAACAUUAAUUUUA